AUGCCAGAUGCCGACGACGACAUCGACGACACGGAGGUGACGGACGGCGGGGCCGCGUGGAUGCAGGACGCAGGGCUCGUCGAGGAGCUCAAAAAGGCCAUCGUCGCUGGCGGCGACCGUGUCUGCAUUGAGGACGAGGCCUUCCUCCGCCGCUUCCUAUACAUAGCCAAGGGUGACGUCACAAAGGCCGCCUCGAGGCACGCGCGGUAUUGGGAGUACCGCAUCAAGCUGUUUGGAAGCGAGCGGCCUUUUGACAAGGCGCACGCAGCACUGUCCCGUGGCGAGCGGUGCGAGGCGACGCUGCGCACGUGUCCCUUUGUGAAGAUCCUGGACGGCGCGAGGGACAAGGAGGGCUGCCAACUGCUGCUGGUGCGGCCGCGCUAUCUGGACUGGAGAAAGGUCGACGAGCAACAGGUGAUCGAGGCGAUGUGGUACACCAUUGAGACGCUGCUGCAGGAUGCAGAGACGCAGCGGUGUGGCUUCUGCGCCAUCAACAGUCUCAAGGGGAUGUCGCCCAAAGCGUUCAACCGCAAAUUCAUGCCCAAGAUGCUCGAGUCCGUGCAGAAUCGGCUGCCCAUCCGUAUCGGGGCGAUGCGUGUCGUGGACAACCCUGGCUUCUUCAGCGUCAUCUGGAGCAUCGAGAAGACGAAGAAGCGCAUCGAGGUGCUCGGCGGCGACUAUGCUCGGCUACUCAACCGAUUGCCCAAGGAGUCAAUCCCGGAGGAGUUCGGAGGGACGUAUGUGGUGCGCGACUAA